ACAGCGCCGAGCAGGCAGCAGCUAGCGGCCACCACAGCUCACAUUCACACACACUUCAUGCUCCAUGUGAGGUAAACUGAGCCGUCUACCUUACAGGAGACACACAGAAAUAUGCUGUACGGACGCCUGAGGAGUCACCACAGCGGCUUCUGAGACACCAUUGUCACCCGGUUUUCAUUUUGGAGGAUUCCUCCCUCCAUCCUCCGGAUCGCACCGAACAGGCGAUGACAACGGCCCCGGCAACCCCGCAGCAGAUGAGGGACCAGCUGCUGCGGGCCGUGGACAGUCAGAGCAAUAUAUGCAAUAUGGUGGUCGUAUUAGAGGUUAUUUCUGGUCUUGAAAAGUAUCCUAUCACCAAAGAAGCACUUGAGGAGACUCGACUAGGAAAACUGAUCAAUGAUGUACGAAAGAAGACCAAGGAUGAAGACCUUGCCAAGCGUGCUAAGAAACUCUUACGAAACUGGCGAAAGCUGAUUGAGCCUGGGCCUGCUGUGGCUCCAAGUGUCCCUGGGUCUACUAAUGGCAGUUCUCAUCCCUGCAGAACUGAAGCCUCCCCACCUGACAUCUCUGUGUCAGGGAAGGGAGUCCCUGAAGUUAAAACCAGAAAUGAUGUCCACAACACAUACUCACCAAAAGCUGAGAAAUCAGGCAGUCGCAAGCGCCGAGCAGAGAACAGAGACAGUGGAGUGCACUUACCAGAAAAAAUCUCCAAGCUGUCUUCAUAUGAUAAUUCUGUUUCACCACCACCCACCAAUGGGAUUGCAGGAAGCCCUGAUACCCUGCCUGACCAGGAGGUCGUCCCGUCCCCUGACAGAUCUCGCAUAGAGCACCUUGACAAUGAUAAAAUCAACAGAAUUCCAGUAAAUGCUGUCAAGCCUCGCCCCAGCUCCCCUGGAGUGGCCAAACUACCUAGCACUUCCUCUUUAAUCAAGGUUGCAGUGAUGCAGCAAGCUAGAAUGGAUGAUGGAGGAGGAGGAGCAACAGGGGGUUAUUAUCAAGCCAAAAGUCCCCGUGGCCUCACUACCAGUCCAAGGAGCACGAAGCAAGACACCGUGACCAAGCGCUCUGCGGCAUACACACCUAAAGGAACAUCUAUCCCAAGCCCAUCCCCUAGAGAUUCUCCCUUGCCUUUGUCCCAAUCUGUGUCCUCCCCAGCUCAGGCAUCGUUUGCUGACAAGCUGCCACACUCUUCUCAUAGGUCUUCAAUGCACUGGGCCAGUUCGUCAGAGGUCUCUUCUCAUUGCCCACCGCAAGACAUAUCUGCAACACUGGAAUCCCCAUCAGUUUCCCCCUCACCCUCUCACCCCCAACACAACUCAGAACUACUUAGGCCGACACCUGAGGUACAGGUUGUGUCGGAUGAUGCAGACGGGACAACAAUCCCCAACUCAGAGCAUAAAAGAAGGAAGUACAGGUCUAGAGACUACUCUGUCAACUUAGAUGGCCAGAAAAUAGAGGACACGACUAAACCAGUACGGUUAAAAGAACGCAGGCUGACAUUUGACCCUGUCACAGGUCAGAUAAAACCCCUGGUACAUAAAGAACCUUCUCAAACAGAGGAAGCCCCCACUCCUGACCCUGCUGAGUCUAGGCAGAGAACUGAAAGCACUGUACAACAGCCCACUGCCACAGCUCCAGCUCCAGGUCCCGGCCCUAACCCUUUUCACCAGACAAACUGGAAGGAGCUGUCCAGAAACGAAAUCAUCCAGUCCUACUUGAACCUUCAGAGCAAUGUGCUCACCUCCUCAGGGGUCCAGGCCCCUAGUGCACACUUUUUCAUGUCCCAGUAUCUGAAAAGGGAAGAACAGGAAACCAAGGAGUCGAGGAAGAUGCAUGUUCUGCAGACGGACAACUUAGUAGGGGAGUUACCGGGCAUGAGCCGGGAGGUGACGGAUGAGGACCUGGACAGGGUACACACAAAGCACUGGCCGGGGGUGAACGGUUGUUAUGACACCAACGGCACCUGGUUUGAUUGGACAGAGUGCAUAUCAUUGGACCCUCACGGGGAUGAAAGCAAAUUGAACAUCCUGCCAUAUAUUUGCCUAGACUGACAGGUUUGGGAAGGCUGAUGUCCUUUUCCACUCCUGUGUUCGUCUCCCCACAGAGACUACAUACUUUGUGAUUUUGUUUGUCCACUGUGAGUUUGGCAAAAGCCAGGCCUGCUAAACUCCCCCCCUGCCCCCCAUGCCUCUUCCUCUUUCUGUGAUAAUCUAUUGAGAUUUUGGUAUAAAAAGAGUAAAGAUUAAAAGAAUAGUUGAGUUUGUGAUACCAAGGGCUGUUUCUGUUUUAUUUUUCAAACUGAAAGCCACAGGAAUGACGAGGCCCUAGUUGCAGAGUGCUGCUACUAACACAGAAGACAAAAAAGAAAGGACAGAAUUAUCCAUGGCAACCAGAAACAAUGUUUCGAUGUGAAUUUUCAAUGUUCUGAAUUGUACCACUAUUUCAGGCUCACUGAUAAUACUGUCCAUAUUUUUUUACCUUUUAGUUUCUAAUGAGGAAUUACAAUCUAGGAUUAAAUUUGAGGGAAGGCUGGGGUUUGGCUGCCUUGUUGGUACCCAGAAAGGUGUUGAUAGAGUUCAUCUAGCACAGGUAGAGCUGAACAUGUCCAGAGUGUGAAAUACUGGAGCAUAUUUGGCAGUUACAAGAAGCUUUAUGUGAGAUAUAAAGAGUAAAUUAUAAAUUUCUUAUCAUGUAUACAUCUAUUUAUUUUGACCAGUUCAUUUAUGGGACGUUCAUCCAAACCAGAUGUUCAAAAACGUAUAGAUCUCCUUCUUCAUUUCUCUUUUCUGCAUCACUGUUGUCAGCCAGAUCUAUAGUAUAAAGGGGGGCAUACAAAUGUUAUUGCAUGGUCUUUCUUUAAGAUCGACCAGUCCAUUCGGUCAUUAACAUUCCAUACUCCACCCUUCACACCCUUUCGCUCUCUCCGUCUCAUCACACAGCUCGCAUGUCCAUGCCAUCUCAACUCAAGAAGAAAUUUAUUCUGGAAUUUUGGUUUCAAAUUGUUCCUUCAACACAGUAGUGUGCUGAUUGGAAAUGUGAGAACAUCUCACCACCCACAAGUUCUCUCUCAAGCCUAAAAUAUCAAAGAAUGUCAAAUUAGGUGGUGCUGAUCAAUAAUUGCAUUUUAGAGACAAAAACAAGGAAAUGUUUAAAUGCUGGAAUUCACUUUGUCUCCAUUCCUUUAAAUCUUUUUUGCCUUUUUGGAAUUCCUUCAAGAUUUUUCUACAAGUUAAAACCGCCUUAGUGAAUGUACAGGAUUGAGACCUCUUUGCACUUGUUUGUAAGUUGACAACUUGUUGGUCAUUUCAUCCUUGACUUGAUUAAAGUGUGAUAAUAGUGACUGAUGUUCCCACAAAGUUGCAAUUAUGUGCCCAUAUAGAGUUUGUUCAGUUUAAGACACAAUUCACGUUCUUGCAGCUGCGUUUUGAUGGUUGUGAAAAUAUUUAGCAGCAUUUUGGUUGCUUCCAUUUUUAAGUACAACAAAAAAAAGAGAGAGAGAGAAAGCUGUGUGCAUCCGAUUCUUGCCAUUUUCCACAUUACAAACAAUUCUUGAUUUUGAUUUCCCUUUAUACUCACCAGUCACUACCAUUUUUUUCUCACCUGACCUGUUUUAAGAUUGGCUUCUGCGCAGCCUCUCUACUCAUUCAUUCUUUCAGUCAUUCAUCCCUACCAAUGUGCCUUGGUAAAAA